AUGAGCACACCACAGGACCUGAUGAUCGAGGAGCUCUCCCUGCGCAACAACCGGGGCUCCCAGCUGUUCCAGCAGCGCCAGAGGCGGAUGCAGCGCUUUGUCUUCGAGCACCCCAGCAGCUACAGGGAGGUGGAUGGGCAGGGACCAGGGCGCUCACACCACACUGAGAAAGGCAAUCCGGAGGGAAUGGUGAAUGAGUGGAUGGCAGGGGAGGACCCCGAGGGCCAGGAGAGUUAUCACUCCGAGCUCCAUGUGGCAGCGUCGCCCCAGGAUGGCCCCCCCAAAGUGCCCAAGAAGACAGAGAAAGUCCUGCAGAUGAGCAAAGUCCUCAACCCUGAUGCUCUGGCCCCAGGGUACUCAGGCCCCCUCAAAGAAGUUCCCCCGGAGAAGUUCAAUGUCACUGCCAUCCCCAAGGGCUACCGCUCCCCAUGGCGGGAGCUCUUUGGUGACAAGGACACUGCUGUGCACCAGGAGAAACAGCUGCCUGUGAGACCCCCUCCGUGGGACUUCCAGAACUUCAACAGGACUCCUGCCCCGUUUGACAGAGCACUGGUCAGUGAACUCUUCUCUGUGCCUGCUCUGGAGCUGGAUAACCUGAGUGCUCUGGAGGUGAUUUCCCACAGACCCAACUUCAACAGAGCAGCACAAGGCUGGGUGCGGAUCCUACCGGAGAGCGAGGAGCUGUAG